AUGGAGAUGACCGGGACAGAGGGGACAUCAGAUCCAAACCUCACUGCAACAUCAGCUUCGCUCCUGACCACCAAUACUUCACCGCCAUACCGUGAACCUUAUUUACACAGGCUAGCUCACCUCGACGAGGGCCUUUAUAAUGACUUUUACAGCCUGUGGAUUGCUCUAGUCAUCAUUAACACCCUCAUCUUUAUGGUAGGAAUGGCUCUCAACAGCCUAGCCUUGUACGUCUUCUGCUUCCGCACCAAACCAAAGACUACGUCAGUCAUCUACACCAUUAACCUGGUGGUGACAGAUCUGCUGGUGAACCUGUCUCUGCCCACGCGUAUCAUUUUGUACUACAGUGGGGGAAAGUGCAUCAACUGUUCUUACAUGCACAUAUUCAGCUACUUUGUAAACAUGUACUGCAGUAUCCUCUUCCUUACUAGCAUUUGCGUGGACCGAUACCUGGCCAUCGUGCAGGUGGAGGCCUCACGGAAGUGGAGGAACCCCAACGUGGCCAAAGCCGUGUGCAUCUGCAUUUGGCUGUUUGCCAUCAUCGUGACCUACUCGUUCCUCACGACGGCCUUCAAGCAAUCGGCCUGCUGCCUUUCCAAACUCUUUGUGCUGACCGUGUUUGAGUUCUUCCUGCCGAUGGUGAUCAUCGUAGUGUUUACUGUUAGGAUCAUGAGCGCCCUUUCCAGCCCUGGCCUUAUGCAGCAGAGCCGCGACAGACGCAUGAAAGCCGUGCAGCUUCUGUUAACUGUGCUGGUGAUCUUCACCGUCUGCUUCACACCAUUUCACGUCCGUCAAGUUCUGGUCUACUUCCACCCCGAUCUGCCCCAUCAUGUGAUCGUGUACCACGUGACCGUCACCCUCAGCAGCCUGAACAGUUGCUUGGAUCCUGUGGUGUACUGUUUCGUCACUACCAACUUUCAGUCGACCAUGAAGAGUAUUUUCAGGAAGACAGAGAGAGAACAGACGAGUGGGGAAAUUAUCAGCAUGCAGAAAAGCUCUAAGGGAUCAGGAACUGUGAUUGCUAUUGCUAAUAGCAUGAUACGGAUAAACAUGAGCCCUGACCAGCAGGCAAGCCAUCCGACAUAG